ACAGUCAGUAGAUGCUCCUUUCCCAAAGUGUAUCUUGCAGUAGCCUUACACUAAUACUGCCUGUCUUGUAGCUGGAGAGCUUUGUAUCGGUGCUAAGAGCACUGGGUAUCUACAAAGAGGAUCACUGCAUAUGAAUGGAAUAAGGAGUGCUGCUGCUACCCAGGCUGGGGUUUGUUCCGAGCCCUUCAAAACUUUUUGGCCAUAGAAUCACUGUGUUGACAUGAAGUCAGAUUCACCAGUGCAUGGGGAGUCCCAUACUGAAUGCCAGUCACCAUGCCCACUAAGUUGCAUGCCAGCCAGGCUGGAAGGCUCUACCAAGAGACGUCUGGCUGCCAAUGCCAGGGAAAGAAGGAGAAUGCAAGGACUGAAUACCGCCUUCGAUAGUCUGAGGAAAGUUGUACCGCAAUGGGGUGAGGACAAAAAACUUUCCAAGUAUGAGACUCUACAGAUGGCACUGAGCUACAUCAUGGCACUAAGCAGGAUCCUCACGGAAGCAGAAAGAUACAGCAGAACUGAUCCAGGGGAAUGGACUAAAAUGCACUUUGAUCACAUUCAGGAAGAACAGUGCCUCAGUUAUAUGGGAGUGAGAUGCCCAAGAGACUGUGAUCGCUACCUGCCCCAGACUUUUUCUCACUAGGAUAGGAGAUGUGAGCAACAGUCAGCAGGCAAGGUACUAUAGACCUGAAGAUAGCAGUGUAUUCCUACACACAGCAGCCAAUAAUACAGGGACAUUUGCAUCAUGGGUUAUUUGUCAUGUCAUUCUGCCCAAUGCACUGCUUAUUUCAUUAAGCACCCAAAGUCCCAGGACUGGGAAUAUAUGUAGGGCACCCCACGUGAUGCAGCCCAAAGUAUGUGCUGCUGCAACUGAUAGUGAGCUGUGGGACACUGGAAAAGCAAAGUGCGCUGGUAUUUUGUAAAUGAAAAUGUCAUUAUGGGUGGCAUAUAAUAAUUACUUACACACAGCACAGUUAUAUAAUUUCAUUGCUGUUAGAAAGCCCCUUUGUCUCUUACCCCCCAUCCUGCUUUCCAUGUUACUAAUGCACUGGUAUCAGUGAACAUGUAGAAGGUAGUAUUUAUACAUUAGAAAAACACUGAAUGUGCAUAAACAUCAUUUUUCUCAAUAUACAUUUACUAUAUAGUUCAGUUGGUAAGUGCUGGUAAACAGCAGCUGCCCACAAGUUCUGUGCACUGCUCAUAGGGGAAAGGAAACAUUUUUGCCACUUGCUAGAGAAUGCUAAUUGCAUUGUACUCUGUAAUAUUGUCUUGUGUCCAGGGUAAGAAAGGUCUAAAUUAAAAUCAAUAGGAGGCAUAAUUUACACAUUUCCCUUAAGCUGUAAUUUUCUGGCUUUUGUCUGCAUUUUAAUAGUGGAAAAUUACAACGUGUAUAAAAUUCCUACUGGUCUCAUUCUACUUGUUUCUGUAAGACAAACCCUGGUGUGUUUUUAAGGAAACCUUAAGUAAUUCUUUUGAAUAGUAUACAUUUCUUGAAUGUUUUUUUUUUUUUUUCAAUGGGCAUGAGUUGUUUAUUUGUAAACACAGCUCCAAAGUUAACAGAUUGCUUGUAUCUUUCAGGUAUGCAAAUGGUAUUUUAGUCUAUUCUGGGACUUUGAAAUAGAAAGCAAUAUGCAACCCUUUAGAAUUAGAAAAUGUAGUACAACGGAACAAAUGGUGAAUGGCUUGGCAGAGUACUGUACAUACUGACCUAUGGAGCAUAGUUGGCUAAAUCAGUCUGCAGUUCACUUUUACUGGUGUGUUGCAGUUAGAAUAAUAAAAUCGGAUGUUGCUAAGGUUGUUACAGUAUUUCUUUGCCCCAGUUAAUGCAUGACCUCCCAUCUUACAGAGUUUCUAACACGUUGCCAAUGUAUUGUUAUCUUUCGAAAAAUGUGGAUGGAACGUGAUCAGGUGCAAAUUCAUGCGAUUUACCUGUGCAUAAUUCCUAUAAAACAGAGACAAUGUGUAGUUAUAGGAGGAUUCACUACACGGAUGAAAGAUCUUAUUUACAACAGGUUAGGCACAAAAAGUGCAGGACCAUGAAAAAUUGUGGCCCUUUAGAUUUACUAAAUUCUGGCACCCAGCCAUUGUGAUGCUGCACCUGCACUCAGCACCAUAUUAUAAUCCAGCACAAGGCAGUAAGUAUAAGGCUCCCAUACUCUUCUCACUGAUAAGCUUGCUAGAGAUGUUCCCAAGGAAGCCCAUGUGCUGCCCAUCUUCUGCCCUUCCUCUAGGCAGCACUGCCUCACAUGCGGAAUGAAGGCC